AUGGUCAACUCCACCAUGUUCUUCAACAUCUCAGCUGAUGGCCGGCCCUGGAGCCGUGUCUCCUUCCAGCUGCUUGCAGACAAAGUUCCAAAGACAGCAGAAAACUUCUGUGCUCUGAGCACAGGAGAGAAAGGAUUUGGAUAUAGUGGUUCCUUUGCUGUGGGAUGUUACAAUCCUUCUUUCAUGUGCCAGAGUGGUGAUUUCACACACCAUAAUGGCACUGGCGGCAGGUCCAUCUACAAGGAGAAAUUUGAGGAUGAGAAUUUCAUCCUGAAGCAUACAGGUCCUGGCAUCUUGUCCAUGGAAGAUGCUGGCCAAACACAAAUGGUUCCCAGGUGUUUUAGCUGCAGUGCCAAAACGGAGUGGCUGGAUGGCAAACACGUGGUCUUUGGGAAGGUGAAAGAUGGCAUGAGCAUCAUAGAAGCCGUGGAGCAUUUUGGGUACGGGAAGGGCAAGACCAGCAACAUCACCACUUCCAAUUGUGGACAACUCUAA